AUGUCUACCGAAAAGAAGUCACAGAGUGCCAACUUGAAACAAAAGAGAUCUCAAGGAUGGCUAGUCCUUUAUAACCAGGCUUCAGCCUCAUUAUGGUCUAUUGUUUUAUUCAACACCGUUUUCCUUUCAAUUUUGGUUGGUCAACCAGAUCUAUUCAAGACAACCAACAGAAUCACUACAAUCAUUCAAACUUUAGCUUUAGUUGAAGUCUACAACUCAGCUGUUGGUAUAGUUAGAUCGCCAGUGUUGACCACAGUUUCCCAAGUUGCUUCAAGACUGUUAGUUGUCUACGGUAUUUUCCAAGUCUUGCCAAAUUCUCCAGCAAAUAGCCAUUGGGCCUAUAUCACCUUGUCAUUAUCAUGGUCUAUCACUGAAAUAAUCAGAUAUCUUUACUAUGCUCAAAAUAUUUCUAGUAAUGGGCAGCCAGCCAAAAUAUUGACCAUUUUGAGAUACAACUUAUUCUUUGUCUUAUAUCCAAGUGGUGUUGCUAGUGAAAUUGGUAUGAUUGUUUUAUCUUUAGGUGAGGCUGAAAAAGUUGUUGGUGCUUGGUAUAAAUGGUUUUUAAUUGUUAUCAUUGGUGUCUAUGCUCCAGGUUUCUAUACUCUUUUCACACAUAUGUUGAAACAAAGAAAGAAGGCUUUGAAAGCUUUGAAGGAAGCUGAUCAUCCUAAAAAGGCAGACUAA